GCAAGAAAAAGAAACUACCUUUCUCUCACUCAAUAGAUCUAUCUGGUCUGGAUACAGUACGAUUGAUGGCUCCGUCUCUCUCUUGAUCUGAUGACGACGACGAUGAUGGUGAAGCUUCGGAAUCUUGUUCUUUUCUUGAUGCUCCUCACCGUCGCAGCUCCUAUCCUUCUCUACACCGAUCCCGCCGCUUCCUUCAAGACCCCCUUUUCUAAACGCGAUUUCCUCGAGGACGUAACCGCCUUGACUUUGAAUUCCGAUGGGAAUCGUUUGAAUCUGCUUCCUCGGGAAUCUCCGGCUGUGCUCAGAGGAGGAGGAGGAGGAAAGAAUUCACGGCGGCUAGACCAAUUGUCUGCUCGAGUUCUUUCCGCCACCGACGAUGAUACUCACUCUCAUACUGACAUUUCCAUCAAACAAGUCACUCAUAAUAGGGAAAAGAUGCAUGUUCAAUUGACCCAACAAACCUCUGAAAAAGUUGAUGAGCAAGAGCCUAAUGCUUUUGGAGCUAAGAAAGAUACAGGAAACUUGUUGAUGCCUGAUGCUCAACUGAGGCACCUUAAAGAUCAGCUUAUUAGGGCUAAGGUUUAUCUUUCCCUUCCAUCUGCAAAGGCCAAUGCACAUUUUGUGAGAGAGCUUCGACUCCGUAUUAAAGAAGUUCAACGGGCACUUGCAGAUGCCUCCAAGGAUUCGGAGCUGCCAAAGACUGCUACUGAAAAGCUUAAAGCAAUGGAGCAAACUUUGGCCAAAGGCAAGCAGAUCCAAGAUGACUGUUCCAUUGUGGUCAAGAAGCUACGUGCAAUGCUCCACUCCGCUGAGGAGCAGCUACGGGUCCAUAAGAAGCAAACCAUGUUCUUGACUCAAUUGACUGCUAAGACCAUUCCUAAAGGACUUCACUGCCUCCCUCUGCGCCUCACUACAGAUUAUUAUGCUUUAAAUUCAUCUCAACAACAAUUCCCAAAUCAGGAGAAACUAGAAGAUACUCAGCUCUAUCACUAUGCCCUUUUCUCUGAUAAUGUUUUGGCUACGUCAGUUGUUGUUAACUCUACCAUAACCAAUGCAAAGCAUCCCUCAAAGCAUGUCUUCCACAUCGUCACUGACAGACUCAAUUAUGCUGCAAUGAGGAUGUGGUUCCUGGACAAUCCACCUGACAAAGCCACCAUCCAGGUUCAGAAUGUUGAAGAAUUUACAUGGCUGAAUUCAAGCUACAGUCCCGUUCUCAAACAGCUUAGUUCUAGAUCGAUGAUAGAUUAUUACUUCAGGGCCCACCAUACAAAUUCAGACACAAACUUGAAGUUCCGGAAUCCAAAAUACUUAUCAAUCCUUAAUCAUCUUCGUUUUUACUUGCCUGAGAUCUUUCCGAAGCUCAGCAAAGUGCUCUUCUUGGAUGAUGAUAUAGUUGUGCAGAAGGACCUUUCUGGUCUUUGGUCAGUUGAUCUGAAAGGUAAUGUCAACGGUGCUGUAGAGACUUGUGGGGAAAGCUUUCAUCGCUUUGACCGUUAUCUGAACUUCUCAAAUCCACUCAUCUCCAAGAACUUUGACCCUCGAGCUUGUGGUUGGGCAUAUGGUAUGAAUGUCUUUGAUCUGGAUGAAUGGAAGAGGCAAAACAUCACAGAGGUUUAUCAUCGAUGGCAGGAUCUGAAUCGAGACCGAGAAUUGUGGAAGCUAGGGACGUUACCGCCUGGUCUCAUCACAUUCUGGAGACGAACAUAUCCGCUAGACCGGAAAUGGCACAUACUAGGCCUUGGAUACAACCCGAGUGUGAACCAGAGGGAUAUUGAGAGGGCAGCCGUGAUACACUAUAAUGGUAACCUCAAACCAUGGCUAGAGAUUGGGAUUCCAAGAUACCGAAGCUUCUGGUCAAAGCAUGUAGACUAUGAGCAGGUUUAUCUCAGAGAAUGCAACAUCAAUCCUUAGAAUUAGAGUCUGUUGUGAGAGCAAUGUUAAAAGGAGUUCCUUUACUAGGGACGUUUCCACUCUAAUCUGAGGAGCUGAUCAUUACAUGAAAUUGUAUAUGACACUGUAAAAGGAGUUCCAUUACUUUUAUGACAUUUGUUAUGUUAGGAAUAUAGAAAAUAUUUUGGGAAUUUAAGAAUGCAAUCUCUUAUAUGCA